GAAGAUCCAAUACAACUGAACAGGCGAAACCAGCAAGGAAGGAUGCUCCCGCCGCACACUUCGCUGGUCAAGUACGACAGUCCGAUCUUGAUCAGUACGACCAAGGACAAGAAAGGCGGGAACGCUGGAAAGAAAGCCAAGGGCGGCGGCAAAAGCGGCGAAACACCGGCAGACAAAGCCGGGAUCCCAUCCAUUGCCAACGCGAGUUCGAGCCAGACCGAAGACAUUUUGAACUCGAUCUUGCCUCCCAAGGAAUGGACCGAGGACGGGCAGCUGUGGGUUCAAUACGUCAGCAGCACCCCUGCCACCCGGUUGGAUGUGAUCAAUCUCCAAGAACAACUGGACAUGCGACUCCAGCAAAAACAGGCGCGGGAAACUGGCAUCUGCCCCGUCCGAGAAGAGCUGUACGCGCAAUGCUUUGACGAGCUGAUCCGACAGAUCACCAUCAAUUGCGCUGAGCGCGGCCUCCUCCUGCUUCGCGUGCGCGUGGAAAUACGCAUGACCAUUGCUGCGUACCAGACGCUGUACGAGAGCAGCAUUGCGUUUGGGAUGCGCAAGGCACUCAUGGCCGAGCAAAGAAAACUCGAUGCCGACCAAAAGCUCAAGCAGCUCGAAACCGACCGCAACGAACUCAUCGCCCAAGUCGAAGAAUUGAAACUCCGGUGCGAGGCCAUUCAAAAGCGAGAAGAGGAGAAGCGUCUGGCGGACGAGAAAAAGCACAACGACGAAGUGGAUGGGCUCAAGAAAGCCAACGACCAGCUCAAAGCCAACCUCGAAAGCUUGUUGUCCGCCCCCAAGUAGAAACAAGUCAAAAAUGAGGUGGAAACGCCCAUAUAAUCAUAGCAUGGUACUACGUAGUACAUAUUACACGUCCAUCACGA